GCCCUCCCCUCUCUUCAUAAAGGGACAGCGGCGCCCCUCACAACGCAUUGUGAUUGCAGCCGCUGGGACACCUGUUGCUGGAGGGACGCGCAGGUGAGGAUACACUUUGACGGACAACUGGGAUUCUCAACGAGAAACGAGAAAAGGUGAAUUCCCAAGGAUCUUGCGUAAAUAUGGAAAUGAGUAAUAUAAAGUCUUCAGUCGCACUACUGUAUGAUGGGUUCAUUCAAAAUGCAGACUCCAGGACAGAGAACUGGUUGCUCAUGUCAUCACCUCUUCCUCAAACCCUCAUCAUCGCAGCAUACAUCUACUUUGUCACAUCACUGGGGCCUCGGAUAAUGGAGAAUCGCAAAGCCUUUGACCUUAAAGGAGUCCUCGUACUCUACAACUUUGGUGUGGUGGCCCUCUCACUCUACAUGUGCUAUGAGUUUGUCAUGUCAGGAUGGGGUACAGGAUAUUCCUUUCAGUGUGAUCUGGUUGACUACUCUGAUUCACCACAAGCUAUGAGGAUGGCAGCAGUAUGCUGGCUUUACUACUUCUCAAAAUUCAUUGAAAUGUGGGACACGAUCUUCUUUGUGCUGAGGAAGAAAAACAGCCAGGUGACAUUCCUCCAUGUCUACCAUCACUCAAUCAUGCCCUUCACCUGGUGGUUUGGUGUUCGUUUUGCUCCAGGUGGUCUGGGAACAUUCCACGCCCUGAUCAACUGUGUCGUUCAUGUCAUCAUGUACACGUACUACGGUCUGACUGCCAUGGGACCCAACUACCAGAAGUACCUGUGGUGGAAGAAAUACCUCACUACCAUCCAGCUGAUCCAGUUUGUCAUCGUUACCAGCCACAUCUGCCAGUAUUUCUUCAUGAAGGACUGCCCAUACGAGUUCCCCAUCUUUAUCUACAUCAUCGCGUCGUAUGGCCUGAUUUUCCUGUUUCUCUUCCUCAACUUCUGGUACCACGCCUACACAAAGGGCAAGAGGCUUCCCAAGGUACUGCAGGCUCAGACAUGGGCGCACCACACCAAUGGAGUCAUGAACGGCAAUGCCAAUGAGCACUACAAAGACGAGUGAUGCAGGACUUGAGCCCAUCAGGGGGUUUUGGGGUAUACCUCAUUUGCAUAAGCAGACCACUGUGGGGAUUCUACUAGAUUCAGCCCCAAAAUGUUUGGACUGUAUUUUGAUUACUCCUAUUUGUAUCUGUAAAGACAAUCUUUUCACUAUGACCAAAGCUGUAUUUAAGAAGUUUAAUGUCCAAAGCAGAUGGCUUAUUCUUUUUCUUUUUUUUUUUUUUUUUUUACAUUGAAGGUAAAGCGCGAGUUCUGCUAAGAUGAUUCCAAAUAUCCUCUUUCUCGUUCUAAGAAAAUUGUAUGUAGCCCUGUUUGAAAUUGUUACCAGUCAGAUUAGUGUGACUACAUGUGGAGGCUUCAGGAGGCUCUGCCAUACAGCCAUGGUGGAGUUUCCCAAAAAGCACCUAGUUGCCAAGAUCAUAUUUUACUUAGCUGCAAACUGAUCUUAUGAAUAGGACAGCUUUUACGAAAUUCAGUAAGUCUCCACUGAAAAUUGGAUUUUACAUUGGGCCCAAAUCAUUAACUGUUUUGUGAGAUGGGCUCUUAGCAGAUGUCUCCUUAUUUUUACAUGAGGAUUUUUAAAUUGGUAUAUUGGCUGCACAUUUCCUAUUGUUCAGGACAUUGUUAAAUGUUUACAUGUAUGCAGAAGGUAGUGUUUGUUUAAUCGCUCUUCUCAUAUGCAUGUCCACCUCUCUGUGGCUUGAGUCACAGCUGCUGAUGGUACAGACGAUACAUAAAACCAGCCUUUUUGUAGUAUAGCUUCAGUCUAUUUUUAUGUCAUCCAUAUGAAGUGAUGGUGUGACAGAGAUGCCAGAGAGGACAGGCAAUACAACACUAUGGUUCUUGUAGGACCCAGAGCAGAGCUUUAAAUUCAGCUGCAAUUGUUUUCAUCACUGGCAUAUUGCAAGGAUUAAAACAUCACAAGACAUGCAGUUAUUUAGGUUGACUGUUUGGCCAAACCAGUCAGAGGCCUUGCUCGCCUCAUCCACGAGUUUAGUGUUCGCUUCAUUUGAAUUUCUGUGGCAAACAAGAUGACUGGAUUCAGGCAGUUGUUUUGGACUGUGGUCUCUCGAAUAGCCUCUAAUGAAUGGUUGUGGCAUAAUUAUUACAGCUGAAAAUGAACACGACACUCUGCUCCUAUGGUGAUCGAGGACACAGCGUUACGUGGUGUGGGUGGUGUGGACAUAUGUUGAAUAAAACCAAGUGCUUUUAUUCUGGUGCAGACCCAAGUUAACACACUGUAGGGAAACGCCACAUCUUUAAUAAAUACACAUGGGUUUUGUGUGAACAUGUUACUGUAUUUUUCGUUUACUGUUCAGUGCCUUGCCCUUCCUCACUUUGCUGGUGUAGUCAAGUGUCUUAAAAAAAUGUGACCUGAAAUAACUUGUGUAUAAUGUUUUUAUAUGUAUUUAUAUCAUCAAAAUAAAAAAUUAUUGUACUUUAAC